AUGCUCAGAGGUUUUCCAGCUCGCCGCGCGCCAAACGCCAAGCGCCAGAAUGCCACGCAGGUGCUGGGAGGCGCCGCCUUCGUGCUGGUGGCGCUGCUCAGCCCUGCCCGGGGCCUCAGAAGCUUCUGCCACCUGAACCGCUCGGCGCAUGUGUUCCACGCACCGGCCCAGAUUGCACCCGUGAUGCAGCCGGCCGAAGAAGCCACGGAAGUUGUCCAGGCGCGACAUUCGGAAUCCGGCCGCCGUACAUCGGCGCAAGCGGAAGCGCAGAAGCGAAAGGAGGAGGCAGAGAGGAGGAAGCAGGAAGCCAUCGCCAAGAGGCAAGAGGAGGAGCAGCGCAGAAAGGAGGAGAACGAGCAGAAGCGCGCGGAGGCGCAGAAGCAGCGCGAAGAGGCGGAGGCCCGAAGAAAGGAAGCCGCGGAGCAGGCGAAGGCCGAGGCCGCCAAGAAGAAAGAGGAGGCGGAGAAGGCACGCGCAGAGGCCGAAGCCAAGCGAAAGGAGGAGGAUGAGAAGCGUAAGGCUGAGGCCGAAGCCAAGCGCAAGGAGGCAGAGGAGAAGCGGAAGGAAGCUGACGAGGUCAGGAAGCAAGCUGAGGCCAAGAAGAAAGAGGAGGCGGAGAAGGCUCGAGCUGAGGCCGAUGCCAAGAAGAAGGCUGAAGAGGAGACGCGCAAGGCAGAGGCGGAGCAAAAAAAAGCCGAGGCUGAAAAGGCUCGAGCCGAGGCUGAUGCAAAAAAGAAGGCUGAAGAGGAGAAACGCAAGGCAGAGGCGGAGCAAAAGAAGGCCGAGGCAGACAAGGCUCGAGCCGAGGCCGAUGCAAAAAAGAAGGCUGAAGAGGAGCAGCGCAAGGCAGAGGCUGAGAAAAAGAAAGCCGAGGCAGAAAAGGCUCGAGCCGAGGCUGAUGCAAAAAAGAAGGCUGAAGAGGAGAAACGCAAGGCAGAGGCGGAGCAAAAGAAGGCCGAGGCAGACAAGGCUCGAGCCGAGGCCGAUGCAAAAAAGAAGGCUGAAGAGGAGCAGCGCAAGGCAGAGGCUGAGAAAAAGAAAGCCGAGGCAGAAAAGGCUCGAGCCGAGGCUGAUGCAAAAAAGAAAGCUGAAGAGGAGCAGCGCAAGGCAGAGGCGGAGCAAAAGAAGGCCGAGGCAGACAAGGCUCGAGCCGAGGCCGAUGCAAAAAAGAAGGCUGAAGAGGAGCAGCGCAAGGCAGAGGCGGAGAAAAAGAAAGCCGAGGCAGAAAAGGCUCGAGCUGAGGCUGAUGCAAAAAAGAAAGCUGAAGAGGAGCAGCGCAAGGCAGAGGCGGAGAAAAAGAAAGCCGAGGCAGAAAAGGCUCGAGCUGAGGCCGAUGCCAAAAAGAAGGCUGAAGAGGAGCAGCGCAAGGCAGAGGCAGAGCAAAAGAAAGCCGAGGCAGAAAAGGCGCGUGCAGAGGCACGUGCAGAAGCUGAGGCAAAGAAGAAAGCGGAGGACGAAAAGCGGCUAGCUGUUGAAGCCGAGAAGAAGGCGGCGGCAGAAAAGGCGCGUGCAGAGGUAGAGGCCAAGAAGAAGGCUGACGAAGAGGCCCGGAAGGCAGCAGAGGCCGAGAAAAAGGCCGCAGCAGAGAAGGCGCGAGCAGAGGCGGAGGCCAAGAAGAAGGCUGACGAAGAGGCCCGGACGGCAGCAGAGGCCGAGAAGAAGGCUGCAGCAGAGAAGGCGCGAGCAGAGGCGGAGGCCAAGAAGAAGGCUGACGAAGACGCCCGCAAGGCAGCGGAGGCCGAGAAGAAGGCUGCAGCAGAGAAGGCGCGAGCAGAGGCGGAAGCCAAGAAGAAGGCUGACGAAGAGGCCCGGAAGGCUGCAGCAGACAAGGCGCGAGCAGACGCGGAGGCUAAGAAAACGGCUGACGAAGAGGCUAGGAAAGCAGCAGAGGCCGAGAAGAAGGCGGCAGCAGAGAAGGCGCGAGCAGACGCGGAGGCCAAGAAGAAGGCUGACGAAGAGGCCCGGAAGGCAGCAGCAGACAAGGCGCGAGCAGACGCGGAGGCCAAGAAGACAGCGGAUGAAGAGGCCCGGAAGGCAGCAGAGGCCGAGAAGAAGGCUGCAGCAGAGAAGGCGCGAGCAGACGCGGAGGCCAAGAAGAAGGCUGACGAAGACGCCCGCAAGGCAGCAGAGGCCGAGAAGAAGGCUGCAGCAGAGAAGGCGCGAGCAGACGCGGAGGCCAAGAAGAAGGCUGACGAAGAGGCCCGGAAGGCAGCAGCAGACAAGGCGCGAGCAGACGCGGAGGCCAAGAAGACAGCGGAUGAAGAGGCCCGGAAGGCAGCAGAGGCCGAGAAGAAGGCUGCAGCAGAGAAGGCGCGAGCAGACGCGGAGGCCAAGAAGAAGGCUGACGAAGACGCCCGCAAGGCAGCAGAGGCCGAGAAGAAGGAGGCAGCAGAGAAGGCGCGAGCAGAGGCGGAGGCCAAGAAGAAGGCUGAUGAUGAGGCCCGGAAGGCAGCAGAGGCUGAGAAGAAGGCGGCAGCAGAGAAGGCAGCAGAGCAGGCACGUGUGGAGGCAGAGGCCAAGAAGAAGGCUGAUGACGAGGCCCGGCAAGUAGCAGCAGAGAAGGCGAAGGCGGAGGCGGAGACCAAGAAGAAGGCUGACGAAGAGGCUCGCAAGGCAGCAGCAGAGAAGGCCAAGGCUCAGGCAGAGGCCAAAAAGAAGGCUGACGAGGCAGCCAGGAAAGCAGCAGAGGCGAAGAAGAAGGCUGAUGCAGAGAAGGCAAAGGCAGACGCUGAAGCCAAAAAGAAGGCGGCCGAGGACGCCAAGAAGGAGGCGGAGGCCGUGAAGCGGGCGGAGGCGGCGCGAGCUGCCGCGCUGGCGGAGGCCCAGCAGCGGGCGGAGAAGGCGAAGCCACGCAGCUACAGCGCGCCGGUCUUGGGCCGGGGCUCGAAGCCCCAGGGCGUGGCGGUGGCGGAGUCCUCCGCCUCCAAGCUGCAGACCAAGGAGAAGAAGGCCAAGGCCCUGCAGGCCAUUGAGAAGCUCAGCAAGGAGGCUGAGGCCAAGGACAAGGAUGCCAUCAACAAGAUCGGCCAACUGGAUCGGAACAUCAAGAGCACCCAGGAGUCGUACAACAAAGCCAAGGGCAAGGAGAAGGAAGCCAAGCUCAAGGAGCUGAACAAGCUCCGGGAGGAGAAGAAGAAGGUGGAGAAGGCUCGAAAGCAGGCGGAGGCGGGGCAACCGUUGGAGAAGAGAGAUGCUCCAAGCCCGAACACCUGCAACCGACAACAAAACACGCGGGAGGCCGAGCUGCAGGAGGACAAGCGCAAGCUGAACACGGCGAAGAAGGUGGGCACGGGAGAUUCGGAGCACACGGCCGCCGUAUACGAAAUCCGGAAGGCAUACGCUGAUUCGGUGGCUGAUUUCCAGAAAGCAGCCAAGAACUUUAUGGUCCUCAAGGCGGCCCUCGCCGCCCGCGGACAAAGGGCUCACCACGACCAGAUGGAACCGCGACUUGGAGCGGACAUGAAGGAGAAAGCCGAGCCACGGUUACGGCAAAUCAACCUGUGCGCUGGGGUGAGAUGGGCUUCAGCUUUGGCCUUGGCAAGUCUGGCCAUCAUGUGCUGGCGAGGCCUGGCUGCGCUGGUUGCCACAUCUCACGCCUACCGUGUAGACUUCACGUCCGACCGGAAACGCCUGGAGCCCGAGGCGGACGCCGAACAUCUUGGUGGCGCUCAGCGCUGCCAGUACUCGGCGCUGCCUUCCCAGGUGCCCAGUGGCCGGCCGCCCUUCCGGAGCUUAAUGGCGUUGUGCCCGUCCAACAGUCUGAAGGACUCCUGCCAAUCGGAAGCGCGGUCCAGCGCCGAGGUAGUGAAAGUUGUGCCGAGCUCCAAGCUGGGCAUCGCCGAGUGCGAGAGCUACUGCAACAGUAACUUCGGCAUGGAGAGCUACCGCGGCGUGUGCAAGGGCUACGUCAUCCGCAGCCCCUUCAACGACGGCGUGGAGAGGGGCAAGGCCCAGUGCUGGCUGAUCCUGGGCACGGCGGAACCCAGCCACGGCUUCCCCGAUGAGGUGAAGAUCGACCGGAGCAGCCUCGUGGGGAAGAGCAACAAGCUGACCUUCUUCAAGGAGUUUUGCGGCUGCGAGUCGCGGGUGAUCCACUUCAGGCGUCAGGCCUUUCGGACGGACCUGGCGCUGAAGCGCCACCAGCUGGCGAUGCUGCGGAGGGACACUCCGGACUCGGCGGACAUUGCCGCCUUGAGUGACGAGGUGAAGACCCACGAGUUGGAGGAGAAGAAGUACGCGCGGCUCACGCAGCUGGAGGGGGUCUACGACUGGCUGCCGCUCCGGCCCCCGCACCGCAUGGCCAAGGGCUCCGAGAAGUUGCUCCCCGCGCGGUUAUUGGAACUGAUCAAGCCAGGCCUGAUCCAGAACCAGAAGCGCUCCUACGGGAACUAUUGGGAAGCGCCGGUGAGAAUCAGCAAGAUCUUCAAGAAGUCGGACCUCUCGGCGUUUCUGUAUUUGUGCCUGGACAAGAGCAGCAGCCAGGAGAACUGGUACCUCGCCACGCAAGAGGACCCUGUCAGCUGGGCCACCAGCGAGUUCCGACAUUUGAAGAACCACAGCGACGACGAUGUGAAAGCAGAGCUUGGGGAAGCCAACUUCAUCCAGAAGGCCUUCUUCCGCUUGGAGUGCAUGGGCACCAAGAUCGGUCCGAGGAACGAAGUGGUCUACGAGGCUGAGGGCCAACGGAUCUCCGAGCUGGUGGACGACACCUUCAUCUCUGGCUCGGAGCCUUCCACGGACCGGUCCAGGUCCAUGGCACUGCAGCCGGCGGGCUGCUACACCAACACCAAGAAGGCUCAGGAUGCCGUUGAGGAGAAGGUGGUGGGCGAAGUGGGCCAGUGCCCAGUGCAGGCCCUGACAAAGCCCAGCAACAACAGCGCGAUCGGGCUCCGCACCUUUUGGGACGGAGACGCGGGGGCCAUGCAGAAGUUGGGGGCCGCCCAGUGGCUGGUGGCGCCUGCGCUGAGGUCCGAAGCGAGCCGAAGCGAGGAUGCAACCUUCACAGUGAUGUGGAAGAUCCUGGAACCCAUGAAGACCUCCAUCUUCGACGAGUUUGACCUCAGGGAAGAGGCAAAGUUCACAUUGCAGGGGAAGGUCAUGCUGCAAGAGUUCACCGACAACAUCAACGCAGGCCACUACGAGCCCACGCUGCACAGGAACAGCAUCAAGCUGACCACGCCCAACGCGGUAGCGACAUCCUCCAAGUACAUUCUCAUCCAGUCUUUGGCUGCCGGCACACCUCUGAAGAACUACUUGGAGGACAGCAACGGCCAGGUGGAGAGAAUCGUGGACUGGAAGUCCAACAUCUACUCGGCCAUCCUGAUGGUGUAUGGGCACAUGGUGGUGAAGCAUGGCUUCUUCCAGUCGGAUCCGCACAAUGGCAACUGGUUCUGGGAGCCGAAGAGCAAGACGGUGACGUUGAUCGACUGGGGCGGCGUGGGUCAGCUGGAUGAGAGCACUCACUGCAAGCUGGCCAACCUCUACGACCACAUGGGGGAGCUGGUCAAGGCAUGGAACGACUGCGAGGCGGUGACGCUGGCAGGGGUGCCGGAGAUUGCGGGGACCUACACACGCUCAGGCUAUUCCAUCUACCAAGCCGGCGAGAACGAGACAGCGCUUCUCUUCGGGCGGACCUACGGCGUCUCGUACUUCAACGAGGCGCUGGGCUACAGGCUUUUCUACGACGAGGGGAAGUGGGAGUUGGUCCUGGAGUACCCAGGUAGACAGGAUCUCACCACGGUGGUGGCGGAACUGGAGACGCCGGUGACCAAGAUGGAGCAGCUCGGCAAGAUGUCCCCGCAGAAGUGGAAGUUCUUCAAGAUCUCCUCGGGCAAGCACAAGUUUGACAAGCGGGUGACGGUGCGGGUGCGAGAUCCGGACAGCUGCGAGCUCCCCUCUCGCAAGGAGGCGAAAAGGGCGGGCGGGGUGUCUGCAGUGCCACUUUAGAAAAAUUGGAAAC